AUGAAUCCAGCAAAUUAUUCCCAGGUGACAGGUUUUGUCCUCCUGGGGCUCUCUCAGGUAUGGGAACUUCGGUUCCUCUUCUUCAUUGUCUUCUCUGUUGUGUAUCUUAUGACCACAACUGGAAAUCUCCUUAUUGUGGCCAUAGUGACCUCUGAUCCACGCCUGCACACAACCAUGUACUUUCUCUUAGGAAAUCUUUCCUUCUUGGACUUUUGCUACUCUUCCAUCACAGCACCUAGGAUGCUGGUUGACUUGCUCUCAGACAGCCCCAUCAUUUCCUUUGGUGGCUGCCUGACUCAGCUCUUCUUCUUCCACUUCAUUGGCGGCAUCAAGGUCUUUCUGCUGACUGUCAUGGCAUAUGAUUGCUAUGUCGCCAUUUCCCAGCCCCUGCGCUACAUGCUUAUUAUGAAUCAGACAGUUUGUGGGCUUCUCAUGGCAGCCUCCUGGGUGGGGGGCUUCAUCCACUCCAUUGUACAGGUUAGACUGAUUAUCCAGCCGCCAUUCUGUGGGCCUGACAAGCUGGACAACUUUUACUGUGAUGUGCCCCAGCUGAUCAAAUUGGCUUGCACAGAUACUUCUGUCUUAGAGCUUCUGAUGGUGUCUAACAAUGGCCUGAUUUGUUUUCUGGCCCUGAUGUGUUUUCUGGCGCUCCUAGGAUCCUACAUAGCACUGCUAGUCAUGCUCCAAAGCCAUUCUCAGGAGGGCAGCAGCAGCCUGUCCACUUGUGCCUCUCAUAUUGCUGUGGUGACCUUAAUCUUUGUGCCUUGCAUCUACAUCUAUGCAAGGCCAUUUCAGACAUUCCCCAUGGAUAAGCUGGUGUCUGUGCUGUACACAAUGGUCACUCCUAUGCUGAAUCCUGCAUUCUAUACUCUGAGAAACAAAGAAGUGAUCAUGGCCAUGAAGAAGCUGUGGAGGAGGCAAAAGGACCUUCUUGGUCCCCUGAAGCACUGA